CCUUAAAUUCUGAAAAAAAGAAGCGCCAACCUAAAUCUCCCGGGUCGGGCUGGAAGACGGGUCGGGUUUACUAGGUUUACGCAAGUCAAUUGACUGUUUAACCCUUUCUACAUAAGCAACCGAACACAUCGUUGUGAUCGGAUUCCACACACAAUAAUUUCCCUUAAACCCUAGGUAGGGUUUUGGUUGUUAAACUUCGAAGGCGCGGGGAUCAGCAUUGUAACGAAAUCAAUGGGAACUUGACACGAGAGCCAUGCAGGCCUGGGCAAUACCGGCUGCUUUGCUUGGCUUCUUCGAAUCCAGGGUUGCGGGGUGCUGUUCAUCGACAAAUCCAACGUUUUUCUAUCACCAUUUGCCCCUGAUCUUGCCCCUUUCUCGCCUUUCUCCGAUAUCGGUUCUACCCAGAAGUAGUUCGCGGUUCCCUAGCGUGCGGGUACAGUUUUCCGCUGGCGAAAAUGGCCACAUCUCGCAAGAGGAGUCAGGGGGGUCAGCUAUGGAGGAAGCGCGGGAGGCUAUUAUAGAUAUUCUGCGAGAGUAUGGAGCUUCAGAAGAGGACACGAGGAUGAUUGCUUUGAAUUCGCCUCAGUAUUUGGAUAUGAUCGUCGGGAAUGUUCGCGAGUUGGACGAGCAUUCGCUAUGGAGUUCGUGGGGUCGGGGUUCCGACGCAGAGGAGGGAGGGGAUGAUAUUGCUUCUCUUAGUUUUAGAGAAAAGGUUCGCUGCAUGGCUAAGAGUAAGAGGGAUGGUGGAUUGUUCCCCUUUCUAGAGAGUCUUGGAAUUAGGCAUUCCUCGGCCAUGCUUAUUGCUAGAUAUCUGGCUUCUGAAAAACUUCCUGAUCUCAUUGAUAAGGUUAAAUUUGUGAAAGAAAUGUUAUUCUCAAGCAGUGAAAGUAUUUUGGUCAUCGGAAAGAAUGCUCGGCGUAUGAUGAUGCAUUUAUCAAUUUUUAUAGAUGAUGAUAUCCAAGAGACUCUAGCAUUUUUUGAAAAAAUGGAGGCUAGACAUGGAGGUUUAAGUAUGUUGGACCAGGGAGAUGCCUAUUUUCCACAUCUCAUUGAAUCUUUCCCAAGGCUACUUUUGUUAUCUGUUGAAUAUCAUUUGAAACCUUUAGCUGAUUUUCUCGUACUUGUUGGAGUCCCCAUAGCAAGCAUAAGAAUUGUACUUCUAUUAUACCCACCGAUCAUAUUCUAUGACAUUGAGAAUGAUAUUAAAUCAAGUUUGGAUGUGUUAAAAAAGGCUGGUUUUGACAAAGAUAUUGGCAAAAUACUUAUCAAAUAUCCAUGGUUUCUUUCAUCCAGUGUUCAGAAGAAUUAUGAUAAGAUUGUGGAGUUCUUUACUGGAAGAAAGGUUCCUAAAGCCAGUGUUGAUCUUGCAAUUAGAAGUUGGCCCCAUAUAUUAGGAUGUUCAACUCACAAAAUGAACUCUAUUGUCGUGCAAUUUGGUCAACUAGGUGUUUAUGCUAGGCGGCUGGUUCCAGUUAUUACUUCAAGCCCACAAUUGUUAUUAAGAAAACCUGAUGAGUUUCUUCAGGUAGUUUCUUUUCUGAAACACUUCGGCUUUGAUGCCAUAACCAUAGGCAGAAUUUUAAGUCGUUGCCCGGAGAUAUUUGCUGCUAGUGUAGAUGAUACUUUGCAGAGGAAAGUCAACAUUCUAACUGAUUUUGGCAUUUCUAGAAAUUAUCUUCCUCGUGUUAUCAGAAAAUACCCCGAACUUCUUCUGUUGGAUGUAAAUACCACCUUACUUCCAAGGAUGAGAUAUCUGAUGGAUAUUGGGCUGUCAAAGAAAGAGGUUUCCUCUAUGAUCUCCAGAUUUUCUCCUCUACUGGGAUACAGUAUUGAAGCAGUUUUCAAACCAAAACUUGAAUUCCUGCUGACAAAUAUGCAGAAGCCUCUGAAGGAGAUAGUGGAAUAUCCUCGGUACUUCAGCUAUAGUCUGGACAAAAAAAUAAAACCAAGAUUCUGGGUGCUUAAGAGCAGAAACAUCACCUGCAGCUUGAAAGAUAUGCUUGGCAAGAACAAUGAAGAAUUUGCUGCAGAGUACAUGGGAAUUGGAAGAUUAUUAGUCCCACCUGCACCUAUUCCACCUGAAGACAAUCAAUAGGGAAAAAAAUUACUACUAGAUAGCUCAUCUUCCUGCUGGAUUGGAUAAAUAAAAAGGUUUUUGCCAUUGUUACAUAUGGAGUUUUGUUUCUUGCCUUGCAAUCGAUAACAAGAUCAUCAAGAAGUGUGAAGCUUAAAUUUAGGCAAUAUUGUAAGAGUUGAGAGGAUUCUAAGGCUUCGUUUGCGAUGGUUUCUUACUCUUUUUUUUUUAAAUAACUUUUUAGUUCAAAAAUUUUUAGUACUUGAAAGCUGCUUUAGAAAUCAAUGAGAAAGUUGUCUCAAACGAAGCGAAAGUGCCCGCAUAGCAUGGUUUUAAAUGUAUUAAUUGUGAAACUUCAGAAAAAAAUAUUAUAAAAUUUUGAAUGUAUCAAUAUGAUAAAAACAUUACUGCUUGAUCUGUCAUAUAUAU